UGCAAUUUUAAUGAUUUGAUUUGCUUUGGCAGUUGUUGUUGUUCAUGGUGUUAAGUGAUAGAUAACAGAAGGGAGAGCAGAACCUAGAAAUCGCGUUGGUUCGUUGGUUUAUGACUUGGAGUGAAACCCUAACUAAUAUUGAAGAUGAGCAUUCGGAGGUUGAGUGCCGAAGAAUCGCAAACACUUUACUCUCUCCUCAGAGCAGAGCAACGUUCGCUCCAUGAGAUCCUCUCCCAAUUCAACGCUGCAAUCCCUUCCACCCGCCAUUUCACUCUCUCUUCCUAUCUCCUCAUCCUAUUGCAGGACAAUAAGGUGCUCAGCACCACUGAGCGGUUAAUAGCUUUUGCUCUGCUAGUUGAGGCUUAUUCAUCCCAGAAACCGGCUUCAAAUCCCUUCAUAAGCUUUAUUGUAAAUGCUUCCUGUAAUGAAGGGUCCGAAAAAGUUGAGAGGGCAUUUAUUCUACAGCUACUAGGUCUUGAUAGCUCCAACAGUGGGAAAGAGUUUCUUAAACAGUCUGCAUCAGAUUAUGUGAAAGGAUUUGAUCAGUCAUUACAUGAGUUCCCUCCACUAGAUCAGUUGAAGCAGCAGUUUUCUGAUAAAGUUCAUCUAGAACCAUAUCGCUGCUUGUUUAAAGAUGGCUCUGUAAAAAAUGUAGUCCCAGACCCAGAUGUUCCCCCAAGUUGUGAUGCAGACUCACUAGAGUUUGAUCUGCGACCUGGAACAAAACCUAAACAUGGUGCCGGAGAUAAAGAUGAGGCAAUAGUUGGGUUGUUGUCAAAUCUUUCAUUGGAAGGAUUAAGUCCUCACUGGAUCAGACCCCUUCCACCAAGGCUGCCGAUACUUGAUGGGGAGCUAGUUUGGCUCAAUCCUGAUGACAAUCAUGAACUUAUGUGGGACUAUGGUAUGUGUGUUGAUACCAGCAGAGGGGCUGCAGUAAGGGACUUAAUUGCAAAAGCUCUGAAGGGAGCCCUUGCGCCUGCACAGCAAGAGCAAGUCCUUGUGGAGCUGGCAAAUGAUCCAAAGCUUGUAUAUCACUGUGGACUGACACCAAGAAAGUUGCCAGACCUGGUGGAAAACAAUCCCCUUAUUGCAGUUGAUGUUCUCACUAAGUUGAUAAAUUCUCCAGAAAUAGCAGAAUACUUCACAGUACUUGUCAAUAUGGACAUGAGUCUACAUUCAAUGGAAGUUGUGAACAGGCUUACAACAGCAGUUGAACUACCGUCUCAAUUCAUUCACAUGUACAUAACUAAUUGUAUAGCAUCCUGUGUGGGCAUCAAGGAUAAAUACAUGCAGAACCGGCUUGUGAGACUUGUCUGUGUUUUUCUGCAAAGCCUCAUUCGGAACAACAUUAUUAAUGGGGCUAGGACUGUAAGAAUCUGCAAUAGACCUUGGGCAGUUACCCAUACACUCAUUCAUAAUCAUAACCCCCAAGAUGUUGGAAAAUGAAGUGUGUAAACCCACAACCACAGGUAACUUGUGAGUGUGACUAUUGGCCAGCUAAAAAAAUCUGCAACAAUAUUUCGUUCUAAGAGUGAUUGAAACGAAGCUACCAAUACCACAAGAUUUAUGAUCUAAUCUGAAGCACAUCAUAUUCAUAUCUAGGAUUUUAGGUUAUCAAACUCAUUUAUAUUACUUCUUUGCUCCAAAAUAAUUGUCGCAUUUGGCAAAAAAUAUGGUUCAAAAUAAGUAUUGCAAUUACUUUUUUAAUGUAAUAUUAAUUUUUUUCCUUUAGAUAAUACUCCUAAUAAGUAUUACUUAAUAUCUAUUAUAAGUAUUACAUUAGUUUUUCAAUGUAAUAUCAAUACUAAGGUUAGUUUUUUAAAA